AUGCGUCUGACUCAGGGCCAGGGUUUGAGACAAUCCAAUGUUUUCUUGGUGGGGAAGCUUCUCACCGCUCGGGAGUAUAAGAGCAAAUCUUUUAUGGGGAUGUUCCGCAAUGCGUGGAGAAUCAAUGGAUCACUGCAGGUAGAGGAAGCUGAGGGACAGAGGGUGUUGUUUACGCUAUCGGAUCCUGCAGAUAAGGUUAGGGUUUGGCGCGGAGCACCGUGGGGCUACAACCAUGCUCUGGUGGCUCUCACCUUCUAUGAUGGGAUCAUGCCGGUGGAGAAGGUUCCUUUGACUAUGGCAUCAUACUGGAUUACCUUGCAAGGGAUCCCUCCAGCCUUCCGCUCUGAAAGGGUCAUGACAAUGAUCAGAUACACUUUGGGGGACUUUCAAGAAAUUGACAAGAUCGCCAAGAAGGCUGGGAAGCUUCGGAUCAAUGUCGAAAUACUGCUGAACAAGCCUUUGCCAUUCAAAUGUUGGUAUUGGGUGGAAGAUGAGGUUGAAUUUGUUUGUAGAUUCAGGUACGACAAACUCUUCGGCCGGUGCUCAACAUGUGGGUUUGUAACUCACGUUGGAUUGCCAUGCUCGGGACCGGCGCUGGAUGAGGAUGAUGACGAGGCUGAGCGAACAGUCCUGGGUUCACAACUUACAGUUUCGGCGGUGCAGAUUGAUAAUCUUCCUCUACAGAAUAACACGACAGCGUCGUGUUCUGGGAUAGUGGCUAGAAAGUAG